AUGGCCGCCGACAUCGCCACCCUCUCCCAGCUGCUCCAGGCCAGUUUGGACCCUCGGCAGAACAAGCAGGCCGAAGAAGCAAUCACCCAAGAGCAGACCAAGCCCGGCUUCUCCCUCACCCUCCUCCAGAUCGUCGCCUCCGACGCAAAUCCCCAAACCACACGUCUCUCCGCCGCGCUAUACUUCAAAAACUUCAUAAAGCGGAAUUGGGUCGACGAGGAUGGCAACUACAAACUGCCCGAGAGCGAGGUUGUGGCAAUCAAGCGGGAACUCAUAGGCCUCAUGGUAUCCGUACCCGCAAACCUACAAGCGCAAUUGGGUGAAGCCAUUAGCGCCAUUGCCGACAGCGACUUCUGGCAGCGAUGGGAUACCCUGGUCGACGACCUGAUUUCACGACUCACUCCCGACAACACAGUGGUCAACAACGGUGUAUUACAAGUCGCGCACUCCAUCUUCAAGCGCUGGCGUCCGCUGUUCCGAUCCGACGACCUCUUCACCGAGAUCAACCACGUCCUGUCCAAGUUCGGCACUCCCUUCCUCCAACUGCUCGAGAACACCGACACCCUCAUCACAAACUCCCAAGGCAACCCACAGGUGCUCAAGAACGCCUUCACAACCUUAGACUUGCUUAUCAAGCUGUUCUACGAUCUUUCUUGCCAGGACUUGCCUCCCGUCUUCGAAGACCACAUCGCCAUCAUCUCAGGACUCCUCCACAAGUACCUCGUCUUCGAUAACCCCGCAUUACACACCGACGAUGACACCGAGUCAGGGCCGCAGGAAUACGUACGCGCGGGUAUCUUCGAGGCGCUCAUGCUUUAUAUCCAAAAGUACGAGGACGUAUUUGGCUCGCAGCUUGGACAAUUCAUCGAGAGCACAUGGAGUUUCCUCAUGUCGGUUGGCCUCGAGACAAAGUACGAUAUCCUCGUCAGCAAGGCGUUACAGUUCCUCACUGCAGUCGCGUCUACGCAACACGCUGAGGCCUUCAACAAUCAGUCCGUCUUGGUUCAGAUUAUCGAGAAGGUCAUCUUGCCCAAUCUCACUCUGCGCGAGUCCGACGUCGAGCUUUUCGAAGACGAGCCAAUUGAGUUCAUCAGGAGGGACUUGGAAGGAUCCGACAACGACACUCGCCGUCGUGCUGCCACCAACUUCUUGCGUCAACUCAUGACUCGCUUCGAGACCUUGGUCACAACUACCUCCCAAACGUAUAUCGAUGCCUACCUCCAAAACUACGCUCAGGACAGCGAGAACAACUGGAAGUCAAAAGAUACCGCAGUCUACCUUUUCACCGCCAUUGCCGCCAAGGGAACUGCUACCGCUGGCCAAGGUGUUAUGAGCGUCAACGAGAAUGUCAAUAUUCUCGAGUUCUUCCAGACACACAUUGCAGCUGACCUCCAGGCACAAAACGUAUCACCCAUAUUGAAGGUUGACGCUAUCAAGUUUCUCUAUGUCUUCCGCAGCCAGUUGUCGCCAGACCUCUGGCGGGCUGCAUUCCCUCUGCUUGUGAAUCAGUUGGGCAACGACAAUUACGUCAUUCACACAUACGCUGCUAUUGCUGUGGAGCGUGCUCUGUACAUGACAGACAGCAAUCGACAGCCCAUCAUUCCCAAGGCAGACGUUGUUGGUUCAUCGAAAGACCUAUUGACACACCUGUUCAAGCUCAUCACAAAGAGCUCCGCGCCGGAGAAGAUCCAAGAGAACGAGUUCUUGAUGAAGUGCGUCAUGCGAGUACUCAUCUUCAUCCGUGACGGCGUUCUACCGAUUUGCGAGACCAUCCUACAGAGUUUUAUCAACAUCGUCAAGGUCAUAAGGCACAACCCCAGCAAUCCUCGCUUCCAAUACUACAUGUUCGAGGGCAUAGGAGCACUCGUUCGAUUUUGCGCGCCGAAACAUCCUCAGUUCUUCGAAGAAAAGCUCUACGAGCCGUUCGCUGCUUGCCUGCAAGCCAAUGUCGAGGAGUUUUCUCCUUACAUCUUCCAGCUCUUCUCUGCGCUGCUAGAAGCAAACCCUUCAAGUGGGCUGAGCGAAUACUACAGGGGCCUGUUCGUUGUCAUCAUUCAGGGUGCUGUCUGGGAGCAACGUGGUAACGUACCAGCGCUAGCUCGUCUACUGAGUGCAAUGGUCGCUCGCGACGCAGAAAACAUCGUUGCAACCAAGCAACUGGAGCCCAUCCUGGGUAUUUUCCAGAAGCUUGUUACCAGCAAGGCGCACGAGACGUACUCCUUUGAGCUUAUUGAAGCCGUUGUCGCACACAUUCCAGCGAACGCGCUGCAACCCUACUUCUCUACAAUUCUCCAGCUGAUGCUAACAAGGCUGUCAAACAUGAAGACUGAGAACUUCCAGCAGCGUUUCAUCGCAUUCUAUCACUUCGUCUCGGCACGACUGGACAAGGGAUUUGGCACAGACUUCUUCAUCGAAGUUUCCGAUCAGAUCCAGAAAGAUAUUUUCAAGCCUAUCUACUUGACUGUCAUUCUUCCAGACACCCAGAAGCUCGCUCGCCCGACCGAUCGCAAGACCGCUGUUGUGUCUUUUACAAAGACACUGGGCGAUUCGCAAGCUUUUGUCGACCGUUACCCCAAGGGUUGGGCCCUUACGACACAGCGCCUGGUUGAGCUUCUCGUCAACCCGCCUGUACCCACGUCUGCAGACGACAUCAUUCCCGAUGCCGAUGUCGACGAGCUCGGUUUCGGCGUUGGUUUCACCCAGCUAAACACCUGCAAAAAGGCGCCGCGAGACCCCUUUCCGGAGAUCACUAACGUGAAGGAGUGGGUGGGAAAUUAUUUGAAGGAUGCCAACAGCCGUCACAAUGGCCGCGUCGCUACGAUCAUGCAAGAGCGUUUGGACGACACUUCCAAACAGGUUCUUGCUGGUUACUUGGCCUAG